CAGUAAUGAGAACAGAUCAUGUUCACAUCCUGUAGUGCGACGGUCAAGAAGACGGGAAGGAAGUCAGAGCCGUUGACUGAUGUCAUACAGACUCAGUUCAAAAUGAAGACUCUGAUGGUGUUUGACUUUGACCACACUGUGGUUGAUGAUAACAGCGACACUUGGGUGAUAAGAAGCCUUCCCUCUAAGACUCUUCCUGACUCUGUGAAGAAAUCCUACAGAAAAGGCCACUGGACUGAGUACAUGGGCAGAGUCAUGAAGUACAUAGGGGAGCAGGAGGUCAACCCCGACAUGAUCCGCAGUGUUAUGGAGACCAUCCCCUUCACAGCUGGAAUGAAAGACUUGCUGACUUUCAUUUCAGAGCACAAAAGCACCAUUGACUGUAUAGUCAUCUCUGACUCCAACUCCUUGUUCAUAGACUGGAUCCUCCAGGCAUCUGGAUUACACACAGCGAUUGAUCAGGUUUACACCAACCCAGCUAAGUUCAACGAGCUCGGGUACAUAGAGGUGCAUAAUUACCACUCUCAUGACUGUGAUCAAUGCCCCGUAAACCUCUGCAAGAAAAUAGUUCUGGAGGUGUAUCUGUCAGAGCAGUCCGAUAGAGGUGUAGAGUACGAGCAGGUAUUUUACUCAGGGGAUGGCAGGAAUGAUUUCUGCCCCACUUCCUGUCUGAAAGGGAAUGAUUUUGUGAUGCCCAGGAAGGGGUACACCCUAGAGAAACUGCUGGCCACUCUGCAAGAUCAGAAAGAUAACACUUCUCUGAGAGCUAAAGUCAUAGCCUGGAGCAGUGGCACUGACAUCCUCGAGGAACUGAAAGCAAGUAUCAAGUUUUAGCCAUGAAGUACAAAACUUGAUCCGAUCCUCAGUUGUAACUGAAAUAUUGCACUAAUGGAAAAUAUUGAGUCUGUACUGUAGAGGUCAUACGCUGCUCCUCAUAAUUGUUUUAUUUUUUCUUCAAAUUUUUGAGACAGUAUUGUAUGACAAUUUUGUUGGUAAAAUGUUUUCAAUCAUGAUUAAAACCCUUAAUAUUUUGUUUUUACUUUUGAAAACAGUAAUUACCAGUUGAACAAGAUUGGACUUGCAUUUGUGCCCAACUACUAUAAAUUACAGUACAAAAGUUUACAUUGAGCUGACAUUAAUUGAUCAAGGUUUACAAGAAAACCAACCUGUUGAGACAAAAUUAAUUUCCAUUAAAACUAAGAAUGCAGUUUUAAAUACAUGGUUUAGUUGUCAAUUGGAGCAGAAAGAAAAUUAUUCUGUGCAUGUCAAUGCAACAAAACAUCAUACAUUUAGCGGAAAGGGCUGCUGUUUAAUGGUAACUGGUGCUGAACAAAAGUAUACGUUUUAUAUUUUGUGAAAUCAGCUUUUUCAAUGUUAAUUAGUUAUAUUUAACAACAGCAAAAAAUACAUAAUUUAAGUUAGCUUUAAUAGUGUUGGUGGGCAGAUUUGAUUAAUUUUAGAUGCAGCCAAGCUAGCCAAUUCCCUGUGCUCUAAGUCUUCGUGCUACGCUAAGCUAAUGGAUCUCUAUUUUUGGAUCAUCAACAUUGUAGAAGUACCAAACUUGUCAUUCAACUUUUGGCAAACAAGAAUUGUUUUUCUGCCCACAAAAAUCCCUUAAGCCAGCAACAGUAAGCUACAUUUUUAAUUAUCCAACCGAUAAACCCAUCCAAGUGUUAACAAGUAUGCCAAUCUAAGUAGCUAGCAGCACCAGCUCCAAAAGAUGCUAAUGCUAGCUUAGCCACAAAGCCAGCAAGUUCACAAACUACAUUUACAACUAGAAGGUAGCUUUAACCACAGCUAUCAGCAGAUGUUAUAACCAUCUUCUAAACACACUGAAACGCAAUACUUUAUCCCCUUGCUAAAUUUCAACAGUAUAUAAAUAAAAGUUUAUAAUUAGCAGCCUUUGCAGAGCACGUCAUCUAACUUACAUGCUUCUUGAAAAACACUAUAAAACAUACGAAUAAACAAACUACAAUGACUUAUAUUGGAUUGCAAUAGACUUGUCAUAAUAUGACAAUACUAGUGUAACAUGGUUCUGUUCUAUGUAAAAGUAAACAGAAUUUGUAUCUUCAGCAUUUUGAAUGUAACACUCCAAUAUGACUUAUCUUCCUAAAUGGUUUUAGGAAAACCUAUUGUGCCAAAUAGAAUGUUUUAGAUUUGUCAAAAUGUUCUAAUGUUUCUUAAUGUCAACUGACAAAACAAAACAACACACACAUAACACAUAGCUUCUUCUCAGGUUGGAUUAUAUUUUUGGUGUUUUUACAAUGAAUGCGUGUUCUUCUCUGUGGCAGUGAACAUCCCUGCCUUUUCGUGAUUUUGACUGUUUUUAGUCCUUGUUAAGCUGUGUGAUCGUUUAUAACAGGUUUGGAUUAACCUCAUCAUGUUACCUCUGAGUUGGCUAUAUUACAAAAACCUCAACCUAUUGUUUACACUAAAUGAACAAAAACUCCUGGUCUCUGAACAGCUGUCUUUCCAUCCAUAAUUAAUAUCCAGAUUACUAGGAAACCCUUUGAUAAUAUAAGAAUAGUCAUGGGACGUUGUCCAUAUAUAGUAAAGAACCUCGAUAGAGUAUUGCUUUAACAACCUAAAUGUUCAUGGAAACAUGCGUUGAGAGAUUUGGUUGACAUUGUCAUGAAACAUAAUGUGAAAUGUGAAAUGUGUUUUUUGUUUAUUUUCCUAAUCUUGUGAUUCUAAUGAUGCAAUUAAAACCAGAAACCUCUUGGA